AUGAUUCCAAUGGCUGGGCUACGGGCACCAGCGCUCUGCGGGCUCUGUGUUCUGUGGCUCUUCCAGGCCACUGCAGACAGCGAUCCCUGUGCCGGGCAGGAGUGGGAGCAGGUGAGGCAACUACUGUGGGUUGUGGCCGGUGAUGGACGAGAUGGGCACAUAAGGCUCCGGUCUUUGAAGGAAUCUCAGCCACUGCCACCGAUGCGACCCUCCGCCUGCGUGCACGGUGCGGUCUGUCUACAUCUUCUCCACAUGCUGCGAACGGAGCGCGAGGAGCGCAUCCGCGAGCUCUCGGGGAUUGGUGGCGAGGUCGUUACUGUGCUGAUGGACGGUCCCUUUUCCAAGAUUGGAGCCAGCCGCUGGCCGCUCUUCGCACUGCUGCACCUUGCACAGGUUCAGCUGGAAGGGGAGGAGGCGCUCUCAUCAGAUGCUGCUGCUCAGCGACGAUGGCAGCCCCUCGUUACCGAUGACCAUGUCCGCUUCCGCAAUUGGGUUCACGGUCACCUAGUACAUGGCCAGACGCCGCCCUUGGUGGACUCGGUGCACUUCCUGGCCCGUGCAGACCCACGGGAGCCGGCGCAGCCUAGCAGCCUGUGCUCUGCGGCGAAAGCCGUCGGUUACCUGGCUUCUGCUUUGGUCUUGGCUCAAGAAAAGGACGAGCAGAUCCGAAAAGAGGCCGAGCAUCUUGUCGUGUCUGCCGAAGGUCACAUCAAGCACUGCGAGAACCUGGAGCCCGAGAGCUUCAACCUUCUUGCGCUGCUCCGAACAGAGUGGCCCAUCUGGUGGCUUUUGCAUUCCGUCUUGUCGCACCUCUUCCCCUGGCAGGCUACCGCGCGACCUGCUGCAGCCAGCCCUCCGCUCGCAUCGGAGACGUUGCCACCGAAGGUAGAGGCAACAGUUCGGGAUGUGCGACAGCCAGGACCAGCGGAGAUGUCCGCAAGUUCGAGAGAAACGCCGCAGUGUGCGGGCCUUGAGAAUAGGCCGCCGAGCCUGUGCUCACUUCCGAAGGCCGUGUUUGUGCAAUACGAUGGGGGCGUGUACCUCGUGGACACCCCACAGCUCGAGAAGCAAGGCAUGCCCAGCGCAUCGCUGAUGCAGCUCUUCAGGAACGGCCGCCCGCUUCGACGUCGAGCAGCUGCUGCAGCUCUGUGUGAGGCCCCGGGGGCGGGAGGACGCUCUCAGGAGGAUGUUGCUGGCUUUUCGGAGUCGCGCCUCUUCGGCCGGCGCCUUCUGGCGGUGCAGGAUCCGGAUCUGCAGGGCGCAGCUUAUUCGGCUAGUUGGGCGCCCCCGAGUGUGGGCCUCUACGUGGAGGAAACGUCUGCGAGCGAUCCCUACAAUGCCGAGUGGCUUCAAGCCUACAUCACUGCCUUUGGGAGGUUGGGCUUGGAGCCCCACGUCAUCUCCAAUAGCGAGGAAGCCCAAGCAGGAGUUCUUUACUUCUGGCGAAUCAACCAGAUGUUUGGAGGUGGCAGGCUUGCGGGGGCUCCGGGUGUGGGCCUCGCCGUGGCGCAGCAUCUUGGAGCCCUCACAUCACGGGGUGCGGCACCCUGGCCACGACCAGAGACCAUGCAGCUUUACCAGGACAAGAUCGCCCUUCGGGAGCUCUUCGCAAGGGUGGGUGUGCCUGCUCCCAAAAGCUGGGUGGUGGCCAGCGUGGCGGACCUGGAGAAGCUUCUGAGUGAGGGCCAGCUGAAGGAUGCGGACUUCCCCCUGGUCCUGAAGCAUCCCUACGCCGCAUCUAGCCGUGGCAUGAGGUCGUGCGCCUCGAUGGCCGAUGCAUCGCGGGUGCUGGCGCAGUGGCUGCAGGAACACCAAGUGCCUUGUCUGCUUCAGCGCCGGCUGGCAAUCUCUCGCGACAUGCGCGUAACCUACGUCGGUGGCGAAAUCAUUCAAGGCUACUGGCGGGUGAAGGCGGAUUCCGAAGACCUGAGCAGUGGCUCAGCGGCCGGCUCUCGCCUGGACUUCGCCAUUCCAAGGGAAGCGAUAGCGCCUUUCGUCAGAAGCUUCUCGGAAGCGACAGGCAUUGACAUCGGUGGGAUGGACAUUGCUUUCCCGGAAGGUUCCGAUUCCGAAGGUCCAGUGGUCUUCGAGGUGUCCCCGAUCUUCGACCUGAAUCCGGAGCCGCCUGAGGAGUGGCGCAGCGUGCCAUACCGAGAGUACAAGCAGACUGCGGACUACAAAGCCAGGCGUGCCGAGAACUAUGCCCAGUGUGCGCAGAAGGUCGUGGAGCAUGCGCUGCAUCGCAGGGGAAAGCUGUUUGUGGAUAUUGAUAACACAGUCAGCGACGCAUGGAAUCGAAUUCGCAGAGCCACGAUCCCCAGCUGGCCGGGCGAGACUUUUGAUUCUCGGGCGCACCUUCCGGAGGAGUUGGCCAAAGAUUUGCCACUGCCAGGUGCCCAGAAGGCCUUAGCAUCGCUCACACGCGAGUGGGAGAUUACCUACCUAUCCGCCCGGGGCGCUCCGGGUGCUUUUGAUGCCACGCUGCGAUGGCUAGCAGCCAACGGCUUUCCCAACCCAGGGCGCUUGCUGUUGGUUGAGUCUGCCGUGGACAAGAUCGCAUGGCUGCAGGACAGCGAGGAAAGACAGGCCGGGGAGCAAAGGAGCGAGGAAUCGACAGGGACAGCCGUAAAGCGGCAGCGGGAAGCCAAGGAAGGAUCUCGGACAACGCGGCUGGCAAAGAGAAAGACGGUACGAUAUGUGUACUGGGCUGACAUCGAGCACCCUGUCGACGACCUGACGCGAGGUGAGAAGGACAUGCCUACCGUUGCCGCGGUGGCUCGACGACAGGCGGAGCUGGGUUGGCCCAGCGGACCGCUGCAGCACCUUACCCGUGCUGUGCCGAGCGCCUUCAACAUUGCCGAGCACUCUACGGUGAGCCUCGGCAACCACUUUGACUUUGCGCCCGCCGCGGCCGGCGCUUGGCUAUUGAUGGCAAGGCUGGAGUCUGACCGCUAUGGAGUACCACAAUACAGCGGCGAGCCCGACACCUUUGAGGAGUACCAGGAGCGCGCCUGGGACCUCUUCCAUGGAAGGGAAGGGUCAGACCAGUUGCAGCUUGCCACGCCAGUUCACCUGAGAGCUGGUUUGACGGGCACAGCCUACGAGGCCGUGCGAAAGCUGGCGCACGAGAAGCUGAAGACCAAGACCUCCGACGGCAAGGUGACGGAUGCGGGAAUGAAGCUGCUCCUGCAGACGCUCAAGGAGAACAUCGCCGCGGAGGCCCCGGUGAAGGUGAACGAGCUCUUCCUGAACGCCUUCUAUUCCCCCGGGGUGUGGCGCCAGCCUGGAGAAACAAUGCAGCAGUACAUUGUGAGAAGGGAACAAGACCUGAAGAGGCUAGAAGAAGUACUGCCUGGAAGUGCUAUCCCAGACCACCUCCGAGCACUUAUGCUGUUGGUUUUCGGAGGCCUGGACCGGGGAGAACAGAUGGCUAUCCUGGCCAGCGUGGGCAACGACUACGACUUCAAGAAGAUAGGCCACGCCCUGCGGAUUCAGUUCCCCAACAGUGCCAGCAAGCCGGUGCAUCGCCGCGACUACCUUGGCUGUGGCCGAGCUGGUUCUCCAAGCAGCCCGCAGAGAUUCCGGCCUAGGCCCCCCAAGGGCAAGGGGAAGGGGCAAUAUGCCUAUGCCGCGCUGGAAGAAGACCAGGACUACGAGAACGACGCCGCCAUCUACGAUGAUGCCUUCGAGGCCGCAGACCUGGAAGAGGAGACCUACCAGCCUGAGCCCUACGACGAGCAGGCCGUGCUGGAGGCUAUGAUACAGGACUAUGAUUUCGCAGAGGACCAGGAGCUCGCCGAGGCCUAUGCGACCAUCUUCCAGAAGAAGACCAAGAAGGGACAACCUCCCCAAGGGAAGGGACAGCAAGCCUACCCCUUCCGAGCUCAAGGAGAAAUUGCCUUUGACCAGAAGGGCAAGGACAACAAGAGGAACGCGAUUAAGUUCCUGAAGCAGGUGACGCCCUGCACCACCUGUGGGAUGAAAGGACACUGGGCGGGGGACCCAGAAUGUCCCCAGAAAGGAAAAGGCGCGAAGACACACGCGAAGAAGAAGGUGGCGCCGAAGAAGAAGGGAUCCUUCUAUGUGGCCCCAGAGUACCCGGAGACGGCCGAGGAGCAGUUCUUCGCAGAUUCUACCAGCACACCCUCGCCUUCCUCUACUGCGGCACCCCUCGCCAUGCACGGUGUUACCUUUACAAAUGCAAGCGAGUUCUCCGAGAAGGCCCCGGCGGAGAGCUAUAUGACCCUACGGAACACCGACCUCUGCGAGCACUCCAGCUACCGAGGGGGAGACGAGAAGAAGUUCCACCGCAGCGGCAACGCGCACACCCGAGGCAUACACUGCAAGGAGCCGGAGUGCAACCGCGCUGUGAUUUCAGGAGCCCUGGCCCAAAGGAUUGCGGUGGUUCGUGCCGAGGCCCAAGAGGAGAAGGAGGAGGAAGAGCGCCGAGCCCGCGAAAUUGGCUUGAUUAUCCACGGGCCGGACGGCACGGCCCAUGGAGGUCAGACGCCACCCGGUGCCCAUGAUUGGCGGCCUGUGCUACAACAGCCUAAGGACGGGUAUUCCCCCACGGGCACCGAGCUGAGUUCAAGUUCCUCGGCGGCACCGCGGGCAAGAGUUCUUCGACAGCCGCGGCCCGGCCAACAAGCAUGGGUAUAUGGAGUGUGCCUUUCUCCCGACGCCGAGCUGCCAAAGUUUCCAGAGCUUGCCCCAGAGGAUGCAGACAUCAUGGUUCCGCUUCCGUGUGACAGCACCACCCUUGGUACCGAGAGCCCCUUUCCGGGAUUCACCUAUGAAGUGGUGGCCUCCUCGCCCGAGGGAGCCGUGUUUUGCACGAGCGUGAUGCACUCAGCCCUGACCAACCAGGUGAUGCAGCCGGAGAUCUACCGCUUUGCCUUUUACCUUUUCGGCCGGCUGCAGCUACUUCGCGGAGGUGUUCUUCGGAUGAGCGGCCAGGACGGAGAAAGCAGAGACAAGAGAGAGGCCACACCCGGGACAAUGAUUACCUCGCGUGUGCUACAGGCCCCCGUGGCGAUGGACCGCACAAGGCUCGACAUUGUCUCCGUGCAGGACUGCGAGGUGAUGAUGACCACCGAGUGCCAGUCUACUUCCCCGGCAAGGAGCAGCAGCACGCAAUGGGAGCUGGUUGAGGACACCCAGCCGGAGCAGAAAGAGGACAGCCAGGACCCCGAGGCCCUUGUGCUCGAACAGUGGGAGGCCCCCGACCUGGCGAUCCUGGACAGCGGCUGCACAAGACGAUGCACGGAAGCAAGUGGGCGGCACGCUUUGAGGAAGCACUUCGGCAAAAAGGGCUCGAUUGUGAAACCCGUCUACCCCAUCGGGAUCAAGGGCAUACACGGCGAACUGGUCAGCUGCGAGACAGAAGGAAACUUGCCGAUGCUUCUCUUCCGUGCCUUCAUGGAACAGCAGGGCACAGUGCUCGACAUCGGUGCCGGCACGGUCUCCUUCGAGAAGAUCGGGAUCAAAGAGCUGCCCCUCGUGAGGACAGCCAAGGGCCACUUCGCUGUUGACCUCCUGGACUACGACCUGAACAGGCUGAGCGACUUCACCGACGCCGCCGCCAAUUCGUCUCUGUUGGUUCUCGGCGACCCGUACCUGAGCCCUGCCGAGGCCUUUGCAGAAAUGGACCGCAUGAUGGGUGGCGACAGCCCCGAGGUCCCCGAAGGAUGGAACCCAGACGAUUGGCAAGACCACUUGGCCGAGAUUGCGCGUCGGAAGGCCGACGCCGAGAACAGUAACCUUGAGAUUGCCACCGCCGACGUCUCCGAGGAGGCCCACUACUUUGAGACGGUUCUGGUGGCGACCCCGACGGCAAUGAGAAAGACAACCGGCAAGAAGGGAAAGAAGAUCGACGCCAUGAACGCGACCCUUGACGGGACCGACCUCCUCCAAAGGCAAGUCCUGGAGGGCAAGUCCAGAGUGAGCCGCCGACCGCCCUACGGGAAAACGUGGCUUAAGCAGAUUUUCUCUGGAAGUGUGGGACUGAGUGUCCUCUGUGCCUGUGCCGGCAUGGCAGUCGGCGCCCCCCUGGGCAUCUGGACCACCGGCUGGGACUACUCGGGCCGUUCGGGAAUAAGGCAUGUGCACCAGGACCUUCAGAAGGAGGACCCGUACCUCCUGGUUAUCACCCAGCCGUUUGGCAACAGCAAGAAGGAGGAGACGGUAGACGCACGCAACCAUGCCGCGAUCCCGCCGCACUUCAAGGACGACGCCGUCACCCUCACCAACAAGAUCGUGCGAGACAGGGUGAAGGCGAACCGCCAUGUGAUGAUAGAACAGCCCGACCUCGACGAAUGGCUAGCAGACCCGCACCUGAAGGACGUUGCCAACCUUCUGUCUGCGGGGUCCCUUGUGAGGAUCGAGUUGGACGGCUGCCAGGUAGGGUACAAGGACCCUGCCACGAACAUGCCGAUCAAACGGCCCACCGUCGUACUUACCAGUCUGCUUGUGGCUGUUGAGGUGAUGCAAGGGUACCUUUGUGACGGCGAGCACCAACAUCACAGAAGCUCGCAUGGCACUGCCGAGGAAGACUGGCCCCACUACCUCAACAAGCUCGUCUUUGACACGAUGGCGCAGCAGGCCCUGGUAGAGCACCACGCCGUUCCCAACGUGAAGGAGGCCUUUCCAGUAGAGCCUUCGCCCCGACCAAAGCGAAGGAGGUCCGUACUCACGGACCAGAGCAACGCACCGCCAGUUUACCUACGACCAGACCUGCAAGUGCAGCCACCGGUGCCAAUCGACGACGGUGACCGCAUCCUCGCCGAGCUCGUGGGAGACUACGAACCGCCAGCUACAUAUGCUCCAGGCGACGACAGCAGCGCGAGGGCCAUACAAGCUGCCGAGCUCGAGCCGACCUUGAAUAUUCCCGAAGGUGAGCGCCGUCGACUAUGGCUCCAGGCGCCACCCGAGGUGAGAAAGGUUCUUCGAGAUCUUCAUGUCCAGUUUGGGCACCCGACGACAACGACUAUGGUGCGCAUUUUGCGCCGGAUGAGUGCAAAACUUGAGGUGAUUAGAGCCGCUCAGCACCAGUCGCGCGACAGCUGUGGCGAGUCGAUGCGACGCAAAAGGCAAAAGCCCACCAAGUUGCCCAGCAAGUACGUUUUCAACCACCACCUGCAGCUGGACACCUUCUACGCCCGGGACUGCCAGUCCGUACUGUACUCCUUCCUCAACAUUAUUGAUGAGGCCACCGGUUUCCAGGUGGUAUGCGCCUUGGGCCAGGCCAUUGGACCACCAGCUUCGAGGGCUAUCCUGCGGCACUUCCUCUCCAGUUGGUCCAGUUGGGCCGGGCUCCCGCACAGCAUCCAGGUGGACCUGGGAAAGGAGUACAUGGCAGACUUCGCCAACUACCUCAAGCAAUGGGGGGUAGAACAAGAAACCAUGCCGUUAGAAGCACCUUGGAAAGGUGGAAAGGCCGAACGCGCAGGAGCCGCGUGGAAGGAGAUCUUUGUGAAGACGGUCCACGAGAUGCAGUUGACGGGGCUCCUCGACGUGCAGACGGCAACCGGCGUCGUGACUCAGUGCCGCAACAGCUUCCCAAGAACCUCCGGCUACGCGCCAGUACAGUGGGUCUUGGGCGUGCCACAGGUUCGUCUUCCUGGUUCGCUCUUGGACGACUCAGAGAGAGAACGCUUGGAGGUGAUGGAAGCCGCAGAGGAUCCAUCCUCAGAGAUGGCACGAACGCUCGCUAUCCGCGAGGCGGCAAAGGUGGCACAAAUAAAGCAAGACACCGAUGGGCGUGUGCGACGGGCCCUCUUGAGAAAAAGCACGCCUACUCGUGGUCCUUUCCCUGUGGGCUCCUACGUUUACUUUUACAGGGCACAAGUACCACCUGGAGCACCUCGAGCCUUUCGUUGGCAUGGACCCGCGCGAGUGAUCGGAGUUGAGCUUAGGAACCAGAGGCGGGUUCAGGACCCAGAACCCGCAACAGCAGGCGGCCAACCACACAGCUACUGGCUGCGAUAUGGUUCCACAGUGGUGCUGGUGACUGGAGAGCAGCUUCGCUUUGCGUCUGAGGACGAGCUCUUGGCCGCGCACGCAGUACCACAAGAUGCUCUCGAACCUCCUUACGCCAGAGGUGCACGCAACUUUGCAGACCUGCGUGCCAUCCCGACGGAGGUGCCCCCAGCCGCUCAAGGACAAGCUGGGCCAAUUCCUGUCCCAGUACCUCGUGGAGGCCCCGCCGUUCCAAGGAUUGCCCCGGGAAGCAAUCAACAGCCGCCGGCGUACAUCCCGGGCACAGACAUACCUGUUCUUCCAGAACUUCUGCCACCAGUUCCCGAGGACGACGAGGACGAGGGCAACUUGGGAAACCCGGGGGUCGCACCACAAGAACAACAACAGCAAGGGACGGGCGCCACUGGGGAAGGUGCCGCUCCGGCGCCGAUGGAUGGCGUGACAACGGGAGCACCUCCCGCAGCCAAUGCCACAGGGACAAGGAGGCCCUCCGGAGCGAUGUCAGAACCGGAACCACAACCUGUACUACCGCCUUCGACUUCGGUGACGCCAACACUUGCUCCACAACCUCCUCCCGGACAGCCACUGCCACUCACGCACCGUGACCCGGACCAGCUAGAUGGCUAUAACCCGGUUCGCCGAGGAGCCUCUUCGGGGACUUCAAACCCGUACCUCGUCGAGGAAGACCCGUGGGAUUGCCCCACUUUGCCGGAACGCCUUCGAUACCGAAGCCUGCGAGACUUUGCCGAGCAGUACGGGUACACCAGUGGAGAGGACAGCGGCACAGACCACGAGGAGAUGAUGAAGAAUGUCCCGGCCGAGACCUUCAUGACAGGCCGCGCCGGCAGGAACUCUGAGGUCAAGCUAGCCAACCUCGACAAGGAAAGCCGUGCAAGGUUUGAUGCAUCGAUGGGCAAGGACCUGCCGAAGGACGUCAAGAUUAUCGGAACAAGGUGGGUGCACACAGACAAGAACGAGAAGCCCAGACUCUUGGCUAUGUACAUGGCCAAGCGCACCGGCAAGACGAAGGAGCAGAUCGAGAAGGAGUUCCCCUUCGAGGCGAAAAGCCGUCUUGUCGUGCAAGGGUGCCAGGAGGAUCCACAAAACAUCCGCUCGGAUUCCCCCACGGCAUCACUACUCGCCUUCAACCUGGUCUGCUCUGUGGCUAUGCUAAAGGGGUGGGUGAUCACCGCCUGCGACGCUUCGACAGCCUACCUGCAGUCGCAAGGGAUAAGCCGAUUGCUGGUGUUACGCCCGCCUCGGCCACCACCUCCAGGAGUCUCGCCGCACGCUUUGUUUCGAGCACGUGGCUCGAUAUAUGGAACCAAGGACGCCGGGCGAGCCUGGUGGCGAAAGUUAUGGAGGACCCUGAAGAAACAUUGCUGGUCGAUGUCGCGCAUCGAGGCAGCCCUCUUCUAUCUUUUCGAGGGAGAGGUCUUCAUGGGCAUCCUGGUCACCCAUGUCGAUGACCUGUUCAGUGCCGGCGAGGGCGAGAAAUACGAGGCCACGAUCGCAGAGAUGGAGAAGGAACUUCACUUGAAGGUGAAGAGGGGCGAGUUCAGGUUCUGCGGAAAGAACGUGCACCAGACCGAGGACGCGAUCAUCCUCGACCAGUACGACGCUAUUGAGGGCGUCGACUACCUCCUGCUCGACAAGGACCGCAGGAAGCAGGUGAACGCGCCACUCACGGAGACUGAGAAGUCGCUCUUCCGCGGCUGGAUAGGCCAGAUGGGCUGGAUCACGCGCCAGACCAGGCCGGAUCUCAUGGUAAAUGUUUCCAUGGUGGCCCAGUCGAUGGGGCACCCCACCGUGAAGGACAUCAUCAACCUCAACAAAGCGGUGAAGAUGUUGAAGGAAAGCUCGGACGCAAGGUGGUGUUUCAGGAAGUCGGAGAUGACCCUGGAGAACGCAACGGUUUUCUGCUUCGCUGAUAGCAGCUUCGCGAACAAGGAGGACCUGAAGUCACAAGCGGGCUACAUCAUCGGCUUCACCACCCCCGAGAUCACGGGUGGCAACACAGUGCCCAUCCACAUCUUGGAGACCCACUCGGGCAGCAUCAAACGAGUGUGCCGCUCCACCUUGGCAGCAGAAGCCAACGGCUUCCUGUCUGGAGUUGAAGCAGCUGAGUACCUGAGGGCGAUCCUGCUGGAGAUCACGAACCCUGGGGUGACCGUGAGGGCGCUGGACACGUACUACCUCAAGAGCAAGAUCGUAGGCAUCACAGAUGCCAAGAGCCUCGAAAGCACCCUGAACAAGUCGACGGGACAGCCGACAGACAAGAGAGUCCGCAUCCUGGUCGCACAGAUAAAAGAACUUCUUGGCGAAGACGACUACAGCGACCAGGCUUCCGCCUUUGCACACUGGGUGGACACAAGCCAGAUGCUAGCGGACGUCCUGACGAAGCUGGGGUGCGAAAGGGAGCCAAUCCUCGAGGCUAUGGAAAAGGGGCAAUGGAGGCUUGCGCCGUCUGAGGAAGCUAGCUUGAAGAAGUUGGCAAUCCGAGCGGGACGGCAGAGCCGAAAAGCCCGGUCGCGAGCCAAGGCGAAACAUGGAGUCUCCCAAAAGAAAGCCAGGCUGCCCUCUGCAGCCGGGCUGGUCACUCUCAACAUGGAUGCCAAGAAGUGCGAAGUCAAUGAGGACGCGCUGGGCCGCCUAGAAAAAAGACUGAAGGAAAUGGGUGCCAAGAUGGUAGCUAUUGUCUCAGUCAUGGGCGCUUUCCGAACAGGAAAGUCCUUCCUGUUGGACCUCUUCCUCCGCUUCUUGAAGUGGGAGGCGGACCAUCCCGAGGAGGCUGCUGCAGCGAGAAGCGAGUCGCAGCCGGCACGGGGUGGAAACGAGGAUUUUCCACUGCCCGCAUGGAUCACGACAGCGGGCGCCAACAUAGAGGGAGCCUCCGAAGAUGACGAGGGCUUUCGGUUUAAGGGCGGCAUGGACGCCUGCACAGAAGGCAUAUGGGUCUGGUCCGAGCCUUUCUUGCGAAAGCUGAAUGGCCAGGAGGUUGCAGUCCUUCUGAUGGACACACAGGGCGCCUGGGACAGUAACAUGACCAAGGAGCAAUCUGCAACAGUGUUUGGAUUGACCGCAGUGCUGUCGUCCAAGCAGAUUUACAACAUCAACAUGCAGAUACAGGAGGACAAGGUGGAGAACCUGGCCUACUUCAUGCGCUUCGCGCAGGCGGAGCUCAACAAGGCCGCUAGUGAAAUGGAGCGAGAAGGCAAGCCUUUGAGCCGAGAGGAGAUCGACAGACCCUUUCAGUCCUUGGACUUCCUCGUCCGCGACUGGCGACACUUCAGGGAUGACUGGACCGUGGAUCAGUGCAUGGAGCAGAUGCAGCAGCACCUGUCCCGCCAUGUCAACCCGCAGAAGAUGGUAGAGAACAGCACUGCCGAGGCGCUACAUGCAAUGUUCAAGCGCUUGCAAUGCUUUUGCUUGCCCCACCCGGGACUCAUCAUCGAGAAGGACACGUGGACCGGCAAGGUCGCUGACAUCAGCAGAGACUUCAUCCGGUUUAUGGAUCUCUAUGUCCGGGACGUCUUCACCACAGGCCUGAGCACCAAGAAGAUCUUGGGCUCGGAGUUAAGUACAAUGAGCUUUCCGCACGUGCUGCGAAACUUUGUCGAUGCAUUUCACGACGCGGCUCCAGCUGCCAUGUCCUUUACGCAGGCCAUGACCAACUGCACGGUACUCUUGGCCAAGGAAGCGGCCAUGAAGAGUUUCAUCAAGAAGAUGGACGAGGAAGCAUCAAAGAAUCCUAGAGGCAUGAAGCCUGAAGAAUUCACAAGCAUUUCGAGAACUGUCACCCAGCAAGUGGAGGAUGACUACAAGUCCAUGACGAUCUUCGGGUCAGACGACACCAGGAAAGACACCUGGACCGAAAUCUGCUCGAACUUGGAGAACCUCCGAAAGAGGUACGAGGAGGAGAAUGCGAGGCGACUAGAGAAGGCAUUGGUCGCUUUUGCGAACAUCUCCUUGAUUGGUCUCGCACUCUUCCUGCUAGAUCGAAUAAGCGACUGGACUUGUGAUUGGUGGUCGCAAACAUGUACGGACUUGAGCAAGUUGAUGCUUCUAGCCUACGUGAUCAUCUUUGGUUACGUGGGUGUGCAAGCGUACCUCGCUCUCCACGAUCGGGGGCGAGUCGCCGCCGCCAUGGCAGGAGGCGAGCUUUGGAAAGAAAUGGUCCGCUUGAUGGGCCUGUAUGGAGAGCUCCUCCAAGAGAUGGAGCUGAAAGAAGUGCCGGGCUGGUUGAAGGAUAAGGCCCUGAACUUGUACAACCAGAUUACGGGAGCAGCCCCCAGCAUCGACUCCAAGAACAAGAAGGACUGA